UCAAUAAACCAAACAAAAAAAAAUGUCCCUUGAUUUGACCCUCAAACCUGGUGAAGAAAUCCGAUUCCUGAGUAAAGUCAGUGGCACCGUGAGGUAUCUGGUUAAACGAACGCAUUUCUCGACCCGAGAACUGGAAGUGGUUCUACUGAUCUACUACAAACUGCUCAAAGACGAAGCAGACGGACUUCAUGGAUCACAUCAGCACAUUACUCGUCAUCAGUUCUCGGCAGUUUUCGACAUCGUGUUCGGAAUGAGUGACGAGGUUAUGCUUGGGCGGAUCUACGCUGCACUGGAUAGGGGAGUAAGUUCCUACGUGACAAUGGAAACGUGGGCCACGACGUUAUCGUUGUUUCUACGAGGAACCCUCGAGGAAAAGAUUCGAUACUGCUUUCAGGUGUACGACAUCCAGGGGGAAGGUAUUAUUCGAAGAGACCACAUGAUGCUGCUGAUGAGGAAUGCCGCCAUUAGGCACCAGGAAGAGGAUGUUGGUGAAAUCGUUAAGGAUUUGGUCGAUAUAAUCCUACACCGGAUGGACGUCGAUCGGGACGGGUCAAUAUCGUUCGAGGAUUAUCAGCAAACUGUUCGGCAGACGCCGGAGUUGAUGGAAUGCUUCGGUCAGGCGUUACCGGAUCGUGUACGAGUAAAUGCUUUUUCGAAAACAUUUUUAGAUCGGGGUUCCAAAUAUUAGAAUGUAUUGUACAAAUUAAUAGAAAUACGAUGCUUACU